GUGGGACUAUAGGCAGUGAAAAUGCAGAGCUUCCUAGCUUAUAGAUAAGAGACCAAGAGAAAGCAAGAGAUAGGGAGUGAGAGAGGCAAACACAAGAAGAAAAGAGAUGCCACAGCAAAACUCAAUGAAGCAGUCCUUCAAACCAAACUCUGCAGACAUCAGAGCCACAUCGAAGAGUGUGUUGACAAGUAAAUACCUUAAAUAAGUAAUAGGUGCAUACACAUAAUCCAGAUCAGGACUGUGUGGACAGGAAUUCUGAACUCCUAGGAAAUCCAGGACUCAACUCAUCUGGAACCAUCUGGACCAGAGGGAUAAUACCUACCAGCUAUUAAAAUCUUGGAUUCACUGUUUUUCUUUCUAGGAUCUACCAAGGAAAUCUAACAAUUUGAUUCCCUUUUGCACAAAAAUUUCUGCAUAUUGGAGAGUGGUUUCAGCCCUUGCACUCCUAACCAUGGCUGGUAUUGAAAGUUGUUCAACCACCUCUAUAUGUCGCCUCGCUUUCCUCCUGCUCAUUUUAGGGCUUUUCCCUGGGGAUGCCAGUCCAAUUAGUUCCCCAGAGAGGCACCGGAUUGCCCCUGGGUUUGAUGAUGGUCGUGGAGGGGUUGUGGAUCCGUCUCUUCUGGAGCAGGACAGUGAGGUUGAUAUGCAAAACGUGGUGGAGACCCUGCGGGGACAGUUCCUUCGGACCUUCAACCUGUCAGGACAUGGACCCCCUAUGCAGCCUGGGGUACCAAGAGUGCAGCCUCCAGAAUACAUGCUGGAAUUGUACAAUCGUUUUGCAAAUGACCGAACAUCCAUGCCUUCUGCAAACAUUGUACGGAGUUUCAAAAAUGAAGAGUCCACCCCAAGCAAUGUGGGUCCCAGUGGUGUGAGACGACACCCCCUCCUGUUUAACAUCUCCAUCCCAAACCAUGAGCGGGUUAUGGCUGCUGAGCUUCGCCUCUACACUCUUGUUCAGAUUGACAGGCACCUGUAUGCUGGGGUUGACCGGACAGUGACUAUAUAUGAGGUGAUUCCAAGGAAUGACAGUUGGUCUGAAGAUGGAGAAGAUGAACCAGUGCAGCUAGUGGAAUUGGCUUCACGGCAAGUUUACGGCACGGACAAUGGCUGGGAAACAUUUGACAUGACUGCUGCCAUGCAACACUGGGGCAGGUCCAACUAUGGCAACACCCACAGACUGGAGGUUCACAUUGCAAGUUUAAUAUCACAGAAUGGUUCAGAGUUUGAAGGUCCUGUGACAGGGGGGAAGAUGGAAAUUGAUACCAGUCCAGAAGAAAGGCACAAACCUCUGAUAAUUGUUUUCUCCAAUGACCAAAGCAUAGAUCACAGAGGAGAAAAAAAGGAGUUAAAUGAGAUGAUUAAACAUGAGAUGCCUGGCACAGGUCUGGAUGACAACCUGGGGAUGGAACUUAUGGAUCUUUGGGGGGAGGUAGGUGAUAGCAAAGAAGAGGAACCAGAUGAAGAAGCUCUCCUGCAAAUGCGCUCCAAUCUCAUUUAUGACACAUCGGCAAGGAUUCGUAGGAAUGCAAAGAGCAACCAGUGCAAGAAGAGUUCCCUAUAUGUUGAUUUUAAAGACAUUGGGUGGGACUCUUGGAUCUUAGAACCUCAAGGCUAUGAGGCAUAUGAAUGCACAGGGGUCUGUACUUACCCCCUAACUAAGCAUGUCACUCCAACCAAGCAUGCCAUCGUACAGACUCUGGUCAGCCUUAAAAGUCCAAAUACCAUUUCCAGGGCUUGCUGUGUCCCCACAAAGCUUGACCCCAUCUCACUUCUCUACCUGGAUGAUGCAGGUGUGGUCACCUACCAGUACAAGUAUGAAGGCAUGGUAGUGGCAGAGUGUGGUUGCAGAUAGUCCUCAAAGAAUUUGGUGACGAAGGAGUAAGGUUUGGUAAAAGACACUGAAAAAUAAAGAUGUUUCUGUCCUGAAGGAGAAAGAAAGUCUGUAGUUCCAGGUCAUCAGGACAAAAGCAAGUCUCACAGUAACAGGGCUGUUCUUUCUUAACAUCAAGGACUUUCAAGACCUUUAGGAUAUUGUGAUGCUUUCAUAUUUAGCUUUGUCAAAAAGAAAAGGAAGAAGUCUAAAAAAGAGAACUAGAUUUCGUGCCUCUGUACAUUGAGUGUGUGCUUGAGGAUAAUUUCAAGACAAAGAGAAAACCAAUAUAACAAACCACUCAAACUUCCUCAGGAUCACUACAGCCGCACUCAGUAAGCUGUCGAAGUUGCAUUGUGCUCUGACAUUUUCUGGGUGUUACAGAUGAUCUUAACAUCUCAUACCAAACUCACAUGCCUGGUCUUUUUUACUGGCAAACCAUUAUAAGUCAACAAAGUCCUUUCUUUAAUCAGAGGACUCAAAAUACCCAAAGAACACUGGUUUUGGUGGGCCUGUGAACUCGAGGCUUGUGGAAAGCUCCAGCAUCCAGCCUCUGCUGCAUAAUAUCAACAUCCUUCUCUGCCCUGUGUCAAUAUACAGCUUCCUGUGUAGCUGAAAGCAUUUGAUAUGGGCCAAGGCAAAGCAAUAUGGUUGGCUGGGAAGUCUAUGAGAAGCGGAAACUAACUGUGUGAAACUAACCAGAAUGGUCUAGCGUGAGAUGGUCUGCCGCUCAGUGAGGAACCAGUCAAUAUCAGCUUUGUUUUUUGUUUUGCAUGGACACCCUCUGGACCUUCUGGACAUGCAAAGUGUAUGGACCUUGUCCAGGUAUCACACAGCAAUUUCAGUUUCAAUGCCUAUUUUGAGACCAAGUUUAAUAGUUUGCAUCCUCAUGUCUUACCUCAACCCUGUAUAAUUUGCGAAGAAACUUCGGAUCACUGUCUUAACUAUGGAGCUCAAGAACGGAGAGGAAGAGCACACUGAGGAAGUUGAACGUUCUUUUCAAUGUCCAAGGGAUGGCAGACUGCAUCACAAGGGUGGAGGGGUAGAGGCUAUGGGGUUAUCUGCAUUCUAUUGCCUUGCAUGCCGUGAGAGCUAAGCUCCCAGCCCUUGAGCGGUCUAUGAUAAGAAGGUGUUGGGGCUAAGAAACAUGCAAGUGACCAUUUCAAGCUAUUAGGGCUUUCAAGAUUACACUGGGCUUUAACAUAAUUUCAACUCCCUGACCCUGAUUUGCUAGGAUGGGAAGGAACAAUUGGUUCACAUUCUAUCCUUUAUAGUUUAAAGAAUUACUAAACUCUAUGACUGCUCGUAACUGAGGUGGUGAGCUUCCUUAGCACUUUUUGCCUGGAAUGAUAUUUCUUAAAUAACCAAAAACAUAUUUUUUCUUACUAAAACCAUGGCUUCCACUUAUUUAAGGUGUGUAAUUUUACCCAAGGACCAUAUGCACAUCUUAAAUGGGAUUUGAACAUAUUCUGAAUUAGGCAUGUAGAAAUGCAGUCUUGUGGGUUUCACCACAGUGACAAGCAGUAGUAAAACUGCAUGCUACCCCCUUCAAAUUUCUUCACAACUCAGGGUGAUAAUUCGAAAAACUGUAUAUUAAAAUGGUAAGCAUGAUUGUUUGAAAACAGCUAGCCGAUCCGUGUUAACAUUAAUGUAUUUUUUGCAAUGGCAACAUUUUUUACUAGUGAGAAAAAUAUUGUUAUUAUAAUGACUAGAUAUUAUUCCUGAAAAUCCUUAUAGAAAACCAGGUCCAUAUCUAUAUCAUCAAGUAUAGAAGGGAAUACAUUUCUGAAAAAUCUCCCAGAGACAGUAUGUGGAAGAAAAACCACAUACACAAACCAUUAAUGUCUAUUUAUUCAUGCCAUGCUAACCAUCAAUACCAGUUCCACUCACUGCUAGUCGUCUGUUUGACAUUUUAUGAAUAUGGAAAUGUGUUUUUCCCUUCAGAGUUUUGCUUAUUGUUCAGUCUGAUGAUGAUUUCACACAAUUCUGCAUCUCUUCAAACCCACUGUAAGGAACAUGGGCAAUUUCCAUCACCCCUACAUAGGACUGACUAUGGAGAGCGCAAAAGCUGACAUUUCUGCAAACAUCUCCACAUCAUGCAACUCCUAAGACAUGGUCUUUCAUACUGCUGCUUUAUGAAAAGAAAAAAAUAGCCUAUUUAUUGAAAAAUUUAUUUAUUUAAUUUCUAUUGUUUCUAUUGUGUCAUGUAUGUAGGUAUGUAAAGCAUUUUAUGUAAAUAAAAACAUUAUAUAUGUAAAAUCGUUUGAACUUGUCCCGA